AUGGCUUCUGACGGCGAGAACUCCGCAAUGAUAAGCCUGCCCAGCAGGAUGGGCACGCAGCGACACAUUACUGGCGAACCCACAUUCGAGCUAUUGGGAGACGUCUGGACGAUCGCCAACCAGCGGGACACGACUCUCGACCUUUCACGUGCUACCCGCACCCAGUCCGUGCAGGUCUGCGAAUGCGACCACGUGAAGCUCAUCAUUCCCGACAAGAUCGUCUCCCUCUCGAUCGUCACCUGCAACAACGUGGAUGUCGAUAUGCACUCCUCCAUUUCCGGUCUGGAGCUCACUGAUUGCACUGGCAUUAAGAUCCGCGUUAAGAGCAGCCUGCCUUCGGCUUCCAUCGACAAGUGCCAGCAGGUCGGGUUCUGGAUCACGAGCGCGAACGCGGAGUACAUCAUGUUCGCGUCGUGCAAGUCGGGCGACAUGAACGUGAACGUGAACCGCAACACGAGCGGCAACGUCGACGAGGACGACUGGGUGGAGAGGCCGAUCCCCGAGCAGUUCGAGAGCCGCUUCAACUCCAAAUUGCAGCUCGACACCAAGCCUUCCAUGUUGUACUAA